AUGGAUUGGAGAGCAGGAAAAUCUUAUUAUACUGCUUAUAAUUCAAUCGAUCGAUUUGAUUCAAUAAUUUUUUUUUAUAAUUAUUUUUGUACAUGGUCAAUUGGAAUAAUAUUCUCUUUAAUUCUUCCAAUAUUAUUUCUCUUUGCUCCAUCAUCACUUCAUACAAAUCGUACAUCGCAUUUUUUUAUUAUUUGUUUUAUUUGUUUAACAAAUAUGUUUUGUCUUUAUAUUCAAGCAUAUAUGUUAAGUGGUUCAGGUGAACCAAAUUUAUCAUUUCAUACAUGUCGUUUUUUGGUUUAUAUAUCAACAUUAGCUAAACCAAUAGAACUUUAUUUAACAUUAUUAUUUAGUAUUGAAAGAAUAUUAUCAAAAAAUUUAUUAAAUUGUAUUUCAUCAACAAAUAAUUAUCGAUUAUAUUUUAAAAAAUUUUAUUUAUUAUUAAUAUUUAUUGGUAUGAGUUUGAUUUUUUCAAUAAGAUUAUAUGAAAUUUUAAAAUUUAUUAAAAAAAAUUCAUCUAUAUUAAAUAAUAAUAUUAUUUCACAAGACGAUCAGAUUGAUAUUAAUAAUCAAACAGAUAAACUUAAUUUUCAAUAUUGUUAUCGUUCAUUAAAUGUUGGAAUAUAUGCAAAAAUUUUAUCAUUUUAUACAAUACAAUAUUGGUUUGAAUAUGGUAUAUUAAUAAUAAUUAGUCUUAUUUUAUUAUCUAUUAUUAUAUAUCAAUAUUGUUUACCUUUUUUACAACAACAUACAUUAUCUCGUUUAAGUGUUAAUACAAAAUUUUAUAUCUCACUUUCAUCAUGUGUUAUUUUAUUUGAAUUUAUUUUACUAGGUUUACAUUUUAUUGUUACUAAUGAGAACAAUAAUAAUACAAGUACUCAAGUUAAUUACUUGCAAAUGAUGUUAUUUAUAUACAAUAUACGUUGUAUUUUAUUACCAUUUAUUAUUUGUUUAACAACUUGUAAUCCAUUAAAACAAUGGAUUUAUCAACUUAUUAUUUUACGUCCAUAUUUAGAUAAUUUAAAUGAAAAUGAUCAAUCAGAAGUAUUAUCAUCUUCUCAACAAAUGAUUUCUUAA